GAUAUUGGAGAUGAGAGAGAAAGAAAAGGAGGGUACAGAUGGAUCUAGCCGCUGUGAUGAGAUUUUUCUGCGCAAUUAGAAUCUAUCUCUCUUUCCCCGAUUUCAAUUUUCUCCUUAUUAUUAUUCGUAAUCCUAAUCUGAAUUUUCUUCACCGUGUCUUUUCCCUGCACCCGACUGCCUACUGUCUUUAAUGAUUCAAGUCUUUGCUUUCAAAAGUGGUUAGACACUUUUAGCGCUCCCGAUUGAUCCUUACAAUGGAGGAUGUUGAAGACAAGAUACCCCCUGUAUUCUCUUCAAAAAUUACUGAAGAGACACAACUUGCAGAACAUGUUGGAGACAAGCUACCGUCUGAAUCUUCUCCAAAAAUUGCUAAAGAGGCUUCACUGCUGGCAGAACUUGUUGGAAACAUGAGACCAUAUGAAUCUUCUCCAAAAAAUGCCGAAGAGAUACUCCUGGCUGAGCUUGUUGGAGACAAGCUACCAUUGGAAACUUCCCCAAAUAUUGCUGAAGAACCACUGGUAGAACUUGUUGGAGACAACCAACCGUCUGCAUCUUCUUCCAAAAUUAAAGAGACACCACCUGCUGAGUAUGUGAUAGAGAACUCUGAAUCCUCUUCUAAAGUUGCAGAAGAGGCGACACUGGCAGAACAUGUUGUCAACAAGCUACCCUCUGAAUCCACCACAAAUUUUUUUGAAGAGAUGACACUGGUAGAACACCCUGAAGAAAACACCGAAGUGAUAAAAUUACCCAACAAUCAAUCUUCCACCGAAGCUCCAACUGUCCCACUUAGUAAUGCAAAAGUGGAGUCUGGCAUUCAUUUACCAUUGGAUGGGUUCCCUGAACAAAUACUUUUUCCAAAUUCUAAUGAUUGUCAAACUGUAAUGCAAGAGGGGAGUGUUUCUUUAGUUAAUUCAGUUGCAAACCCAGAUGCUGCAUUUGAUGUAACAGAGAAAAGGCAGCAGGUCACUUCAGUUGAAGAAUCAAAACCAGGUGCUCUAGAAAAUGUUUCUGACGGGCAUGCAUUGCUGGAUAAUGUUUCUAAUAUCACUGCUGAUAGUGAUGUUAAUGAUGAGAUUAGGCGUUCAGCUUCUUCUUCUGAAACAAAAGAUUUGCAAAAUGAUCACAAUGAACUUUUAAUGACCAUGGGAACCGUUGGCUCACUCCCCCAUGGCAAGAUGUUUGAUGAGAAAAAACACAUUAUCGAUACCAGAGCUCCUAUUAAAUCCGUCAAGCAAGCUGUUUCCAAGUUUGGAGGAAUUGUGGAUUGGAAGGCUCACAGAAUCCAGACUGUGGAGAGACGUGAUCUUGUAGAACAUGAGCUUGAAAAGGCACAAGAGGAGAUCCCAGAGUACAGAAAACAAGCAGAGGAUGCUGAACAGGAAAAAGGCCAAAUGCUUAAGGAGUUAGACAGUACAAAGAGAUUAAUAGAAGAAUUAAAACUUAACCUAGAGAGAGCAGAAACAGAAGAGCGUCAAGCAAGACAGGACUCAGAACUUGCAAAGCUCAGAGUGGAAGAGAUGGAGCAGGGUAUUGCAGACGAAUCUAGUGUUGCAGCCAAGGCACAACUUGAGGUUGCCAAAGCAAGGUAUGCAGCUGCUGUUUCAGAUUUAAAAGCCGUGAAAGAGGAGCAGGAAACAUUGCGCAAAAAUUUUUCUAUCUUAGUGAGUGAAAGAGAUUUAGCUAUUAAGAAAGCUGAAGAGGCCGUUGCUGAAUCAAAGGAAGUAGAGAAGUCUGUAGAGGAUUUAACUAUUGAGUUAAUUGCUGCAAAAGAAUCAUUGGAGACUGCGCACGGUGCACACUUGGAAGCGGAGGAACAAAGAAUAGGAACAGUCAUGGCACGAGAUCAAGAUUCCCUUGAUUGGGAGAAGGAACUUAAAGAGACAGAAGAAGAGCUCCAGAGACUCAACCAGCAAAUUUUGUCUGCAAAGGAACUCAAAUCUAAAUUGGAUACAGCCUCUACAUUGCUGAUUGAUUUGAAAGCUGAAUUAUCUUCUUAUAUGGAAUCAAAGUUAAAGCAGGAAGGUGACGAAGAAGGAAACUCAGAAGGAGGCCCGGAAGAAUCAGAGAAAAAGACCCACACUGACAUACAAACAGCAGUUGCAUCAGCCAAAAAGGAACUUGAGGAAGUGAAUCUUAACAUAGAGAAAGCAACCGCAGAGGUUAGUUGCUUGAAGGUAGCUGCUACAUCAUUAAAAUCAGAACUUGAACAGGAAAAAGCAACUCUUGCCGCCAUCAGGCAAAGGGAGGGAAUGGCCUCCAUUGCGGUUGCAUCUCUGGAAGCUGAAUUGGAAAAGACCAGAUCAGAAAUUGCUUUGGUCCAGAUGAAGGAGAAAGAAGCUAAAGAGAAAAUGACCGAGCUUCCCAAGAAGCUACAAAUUGCGGCUGAAGAGACUAGUCAAGCCAACUUGCUUUCUCAGGCAGCUCGUGAAGAGCUACAAAAAGUAAAGGCAGAAGCAGAGCAAGCCAAGGCUGGAGUAAGUACCUUGGAAAGUAGAUUACUUGCAGCUCAGAAGGAGAUAGAGGCUGCAAGGGCGUCUGAACAUUUGGCAAUAGCGGCAAUUAAAGCAUUGCAAGAGAGUGAAUCAACUAGAAGCAAGAAUGCAGUGGACCCAUCCAAAGGGGUAACACUUUCUUUGGAAGAGUACUAUGAGCUUAGCAAACGAGCACAUGAGGCAGAAGAACGGGCCAAUAUGAGGGUUGCAACUGCUAAUUCUGAAAUUGAUAAAGCUAAGGAGUCUGAAUUGAAAGCCUUUGAAAAGUUGGACGAAGUGAAUAGGGAGAUAGCUGCAGGAAGGGAAUCUUUGAAAGUGGCGAUGGAAAAGGCUGAGAAGGCUAAGGAAGGUAAAUUGGGCGUAGAGCAAGAAUUAAGAAAGUGGAGAGCUGAAAGUGAACAACGAAGAAAGGCGGGAGACUCUGGCCAAGGAGCGGUAAACCAGAGUAAAAGUCCUAGGGGUAGUUUUGAGGGGAGUCAUGAAGCAAAUAAUUUUGAGCGCACUGGUGUUGCAGCUAAUGCUGCACAUCAGUUUCCAAGUCCAAAGACUAAUCUACAUCCAGACAUUGAUGAAAGUGGAUCAUCCCCAGAAACAAAACAAGGGAAAAAGAAGAAAAGGUCACUUUUCCCGAGGGUUUUGAUGUUCUUUGCUAGGAGAAAAACACAUUCAACCAAGUGAGGAUAAUUCCAAAUUGUACUGCAGAUAACUUAGCAGUCACUCGUUUUGGAUAUCUCAAAGUGACUUUAAAUAUUGGAAUCUUCAACUGCAUGAACCUGUAAAUGUUGGCACUUGUUGUACUGUGUAUUUGAUUGUAUUCUCUCUCAAUGAAGGGUUGGUAUAUGGUCGCCUGCUGAGUGUUUUACGUGGAGAUAAAAAUAAAUUCAUCUUUAGUGGGAAAGAGAAAAUUAGAUGAUUCUGUAUUGUGUAUAGGCUUCUGAUAUAUUGAACCUCAGGCUUUUGUAAAGAUUUGUUUGAGAUUUUACCAAAUGAAAGAAAAAGGUUUCCGAGUCUGAGACUUGAUGCUUUUAGUGACAUGAUGUGAGCUUAUUGGAAACACCUCAUUAGAUUGGAACAGGGAAGAUACCUGGAAUGUUGCAGAUCUUCUGAUGCCUGGAAUAUACCGUAUAUAGGCUGAAGUCUCCAAUGUUUUCAGACAAUUUAUCCAGAUCACUCGCCAAAUUUUGAGUCUUUUUACAGGUUCAGCACCCGCUUUUCUGUAUUAGUUAUACAUCUAACUUAUAUUGCGAUUUUAAUUCA